AAAUUAGAGAUGAGUAUUAUAGAUUUGCCCUUGGAGGUUCUAGAUCUUAUAUUCAAAGACCUUGAAAGCCAGAAGGAUAAGUUGCACCUAGCCUUAGUUCAUCCUCUACUUGGUAAAGCAUUUUCCUAUCACAGUGGAAAUAAAUACUACAGUAUUGACUCGCUCUGUGUGCCAAUAACUCAAUGGCCAGUAAUUUUGCCACUCUGUGGCUCAACGGUGAUCGAAUUUAAGGGGUACCUCAAUGAUUGGGAUUGUUCUGUGCUGAAACUAAUAGAAGAACAUUGCUCCAACUUGGUAAAGAUUUCGCUGGAUGUAAACCAACGGAACUACAAUGGUGUCAAGUCCUUGCUGUCCCGGAUGAGGUCACCGGGAUCGGUUGAAGUGGGUUUGGAUUGCAGGGCCUGUUUAGGAUAUCGUGAAUUUCUGUUUGAAUUUAACAGACUGCAAAAACUCAGCCUGAAAGGCUGCCCAAAGGAUGAGAUUUAUUUCCUUAAGAAAUUGAUAAACUUGGAAGAGUUAGCUGUAACACCGCUAUCUGACAGCGAACACAUUGACAUUCUUGGCGUGUGCUCAGCCUUACAUAACCUUCGCUCCCUGACAAUCGCAAAGAUGAAUGUAAUUAUCCCAAAAGAAUUUGGUGUGUCGCCUUGUCCCUCCCUAGAGAAUCUUCUUGUGGUUCACUGCCACAUCCCAACGGUUUGGCCGCUCUUUCCUAAACUGAAACAUUUGAGGAUAAGGCAUACACCUAUAGCCACUUGCCAAUUCCUGAACCAAUGGGUUCUGCAACACUCCAGCACAUUGGAGCGACUGGAGUUGCUAUAUCUUGACGAACCUUUGCAGGAAAGUGAUGUUCUCCAAGUACUCCAACGCUGUAGAAAGCUACAAUUUUUUUCCAUAGUUUUGGGUGAUUCCAACAUAACCGAGACAUUUGUCAACUCUAUAAUGGACAUUCUCAAUGAAAAUGGGUUUAAGCCCGAGAAACCCUUCGAACUAAAGGUGUUUAAACUUACCAAAUAUGCCGAGGUGCGAAAAUUGUUGGCUAAAUAUCCAAAUACGGGCUUUUUAAAGGUAACAACGGAUUACCCAGCGAAUCCAUAUGAUUGGAAGCCUCUUGAUGCCCGCUCAGCUCAAGGUAUAAGGCUACAUAAACCUCCUAUUGAAGACAGGACCUAGGACCAUUUUU